GGCUGAGGUGCAGAGCAUAAACUAUUGAUGCAUGGCUGCAGGUAAGUCUGUAAUAACCAGCGAUCAUGCUCUUAAACUGGAAUUUGUUCCGGAGUGGAUAGCUAUUGUAGGAAGUGGUUACAUUGGGCUUGAAUUCAGUGAUGUCUAUACAGCACUUGGAAGUGAGGUUACAUUUAUUGAAGCUUUAGAUCAACUCAUGCCUGGUUUUGAUCCUGAAAUUGGAAAACUAGCUCAACGAGUUCUUAUCAAUCCUCGCAAGAUUGACUAUCAUACUGGUGUUUUUGCUAGCAAGAUCACUCCGGCAAAGGAUGGAAAACCAGUAAUAAUAGAACUCAUCGAUGCAAAGACAAAAGAACCAAAGGGUACCGUGGAGGUAGAUGCAGCUCUUAUUGCAACUGGAAGGGCUCCAUUCACUCAAGGACUUGGGCUGGAAAAUAUUAACGUACAAACACAACGUGGAUUUGUCCCUGUUGACGAGCGCAUGAGAGUAAUUGAUGCAAAUGGAAUGUUGGUUCCUCACUUGUAUUGCAUUGGCGAUGCUAAUGGGAAACUGAUGCUUGCUCAUGCAGCAAGUGCUCAGGGAAUCUCUGUUGUUGAGCAAGUUUCUGGGAAUGACCAUGUGCUGAACCAUUUGAGCAUCCCAGCAGCAUGCUUUACUCAUCCCGAAAUCAGUAUGGUUGGAUUAACAGAGGUAUAAGUUUACUUUCUGAUCUUUUUCUUUACGUUUAUACCUAAUUCUCUCUCUCUCU